AUGCAAUCGCUUCAUGAUAACGAAAUGAGCGAAAAGCUCUACGAUCAAGUUCCUCUCGUUGAUGAAGAUGACGAAGAUGGACCGAUAAUGGAGAAUCCGAUGCACCAUCGUUCCCAGAAGAAAAGUCUUCGCAUGAUAUGGCGAGAGUGUAUCCAAGCACCCAAAACUCUCAUCAUCGCGGGCAGUCUCGUCACACUAUGUAUCUUUAUUCUCACCAUUGCGAGUUUCACAGUCCAUACGCCAGGCUCAUAUGUCAUUUUCCGGACGCUCUCGCAACAACAUUCUCUCCAGCCAGAUUUCGUCGAUGCUGGAGAAGGACCUCUUGAGCUCGCAGGCACGACGAGAUGCGGAAGCUUUCCAAGUCAGGCUGUGCAAUACGGAUGUGUGUUCGACUUGAUGAACUAUGGCUUCACGGCACCAGAGUGCUUCUAUGAGGAUCUUUACGAAGAAGCUCUCGCUACGGGACCAUGGCCUUGGUAUAUCGGGGAAAACUUAACUUUGCCACUGCCACAGGAUGUCAAUAUCCUCAUGCGAUCCGUGGAGGUCUGGACACAGAUCAAGUAUCACUACGAGCACUGCAAGUACACGCAGAAGAUUGUGGCACGGGCUGUGGAAAAUGACGAUAUAUUGGUUCCUCAGGAGAUUGCGAGGGACUAUCACAGAGAGCAUUGCACGGAUCUGGUUGGGCGUUAUGAGCGGGGGACCUGGGGAACAGGAGAGGUGAUGAAUACUUGGAUCAGAAUGCUGUAUAAUCCCUGCGUGCGAUUGAGCGAUAUCAACAAGGAGAGUGUAAAUUUUGCUUGA